AUGGUGGUGUCAGAGACUUCCGGCUGCGCUGCUGAGAAUGCAUCCGUCGUUCGUGCUGGCUUGGCAGAGGAGGAGUUCUUCGCCUGGGCCACCGCGCAAGGUGCCAUUGGACUGGACCAGGUGAAGAUCGCUUGGCUCAACAAGGGCGGGGUCUUCGUUCGCAGCUUAGUGGCCGCCAAGGAGGUGACCGUUCCGAUUCUCCUGCCACGGUCGCUCUUGAUGUUUGACGCCUCAGAGCGCCUCCUCGCUCUGCAGCUGGCGGAACAGCGCAGGUGCGACGACAGCUUUUGGGCGCCAUGGAUCAAGAUUCUGCCCUCUGAGGAGGUGCUCCGGGACUAUCAUGUGGCCUACGCGUCUCCGAAGCUGUUGCAGCUUUGCGAGGCGCUGCCCGUGAUCCAACGCCUCCGGGGCUGGCAGGACGUGCUGCGCCGCCACUGGGAGGAGGAUGGUUGUGGUGAGUCCUUCAGCGACUUCAAGUGGGCAUCGACCAUCCUCCAGACUCGGGUCUUUCGGCCCCCACCCUGCUUUUGCUUCAUGCCUAUGGCCGACAUGAUGAAUACCAGUUUGACACCGAACAUGGAGGUCUAUGACCGCUUGGAGACCGACCUGCCUGGGGAGUUCUAUGGCCUCAUACCCAUGGAUGGUCAAAAGAUCUCGAGCGGGACGGAACUGACCCAAGCCUACUGCCCCGUGGACAACUCCGAACGCCUCUUCCGGUGUGGCUUCUUGCUGGAUGGAAACCCAGUGCCGGUGAAAGCUUUGCCUGAAGCCAACGUAGUCCUUGAGAAGCUGCAAGGUGCUGGGUCAUCACAGCUGAUUGGAUCUUUGAGAGCCUUGGUCUUCGAGCACAUGCAGGAGGCUACACAGCAAUCUGAAGCAAGUAGGGACGGCAAUCGUUGA